UUACGCACUUGUGUCCUGCGUCCUUGGAAAACCCCUAUCCGCAUUGAUUGUGUGGGUCACGAUGAUUACGAUGGAGGGAAAUGAGAAGAGAUUGACUGACUAUACGACAAAUAGAUAGGAAGGGAGGAGCCAGGUUGCCAAGGUGAAUGUAGACUACUGUCUACUCUACAGUCUAGUCUACGGUAUAAUCCAGACCUCAUUACUAAACACGACACCGCGCUCAUGAUUGCCGCACAUCGUUCAUUAAAGACGAUACCAAGAAACCAGAGGAAAUUAGCGUGGAACGGACGCGUAGCAUCACUCACUUAAAUUGCGGUCAAGGCAACAUAAAAUACUUUAUGAAAUCUGUAUUUACUUUAUUGAUAAAUACACCCGAAACACCUUGAUUUACCUAUUUCCUUGCUGUCAUAAACUGUGCGCUCAACUGACAUUUCAAUGGAACGGAGCGAGUCGUGUUUCUGAUCCAUCAGGAAGCUAGGAGACGUCCUGGCAACAAAGCGUGACGUUGUGAGUCCUCUGGAGUUCUGAGGUGCCAGAACCCAUCAGAACCCAUAGUCUGGGGAUCCGGGUGCCAGAGGGGGGACGCAGAACCAAGUAGAACCCCACGGAAGCGCUCAGAACUCCGCAGGAGUGUACAGAACCCCUGGGCCUGGACCGGUGUCCUGGAGGAGGCAGUUGUGGGACGGACCGGGGGCGUCACGUGGCACUGCUCUGCCUGACUCCCACCCAGACCUCACCCCUCAGAGGGCCCUCUCAGUCUGCCUGCUGGGGAGAAGAGCAGGCCUUCAAUAUCAGUGGGAAGGAGGAGCAGUGCUCUGUGUUUAUUUGUGUUUUUAUUAAGCUGUGUUUUUUCAGGAUACCUGGACAGUGGAUGUGAUUUAGACAAUGUGUUUUGCAGUGAGACUGCAUGGAGAAUGUAGAUGACCUUGUUUUACCUGUAAAGAACCAUAGAACAUCUGAUCUGCAGUGACCAGCAGGCUGGAAAACAACUGAUCACACCUGGCCUUUGGACUACAGAAGCGCCUCUGAGACAGUACUGUUGGUGUGGGUGUUGUUGUGUGGGUAUGAAGACACUGGACAGCCGGUCAUUUUAACAGGGAUCAUGUACACUGUCAUCAGGGCUGAUCUGAGACAUCAGCUGUCACACUGAUAUAAGAUGACUAUAAAUCAACAGAAGACUACACAUUCAACCAAACUCCUCUGGAAACUGGAGCCCUGUCUUUAACUUAAAUGUUUUCCCGUCUCCUCAGUGACAGUCAGUGCUAUUUGAUUUAACGUAUCUCCAGUCCAGUUGGCUCCUCAUUUCACGCACCUCGGUAGUGCCAAGUCAACUAGUUUCUCAUCACCAUGGUGAUGUCCCAGGGCACAUACACAUUCCUGGCCUGCUUUGCUGGGUUCUGGCUGGUGUGGGCUCUCAUCGUCAUGCUGUGCUGCUUCUGUAGCUUCGUCCAGCGGCGUCUGAAGAAGAGGAGGGAGGAGAGUCUGAGGGAGCAGUGUCUGAGGGCCUUGGAGAUGGAGCCAUUGGAGUGCCUGGGCCCAGGGGGGUUGGGAAGGGAACCCCCCACCAGAGAGCCCCUCCAUUUCUGCCCCCCGCUGACCCUCUCCCCUCCAAUGCACAUUCUUCACUCCCUCCCACAGGGCAGCUGGGCCUCCCCUCAAGAGACUGACGUGUUUGGAAAGCCCCCCUGCUAUGAGGAGGCUGUUCUGAUGGAGGACCCCCCUCCUCCCUACUGUGAGGUGCUGGCUGACAGCCGGGGGGGCACAAACAUCAAGCCCUCCUCCCGGACCUCCAGGCUGGAGCAGCAGGAGACUGAGACCUCCAAGACUCUUCCGGUCACAGUGUUCUCAGAGCGGGGCUACUCCUCCCUGAUCCGCAUGCCCACUGCCCGACGCUGGGACUCCCUGGGGCACCUGCUGUCUACCAUGGACCUCAACCACAACACCCUCCCCACGGAGCCCCUCUCCCUGCAGGCCCAGGCCACCACAACCAUGCCCCGCGAGGGCCGGACUCACACACAGCCAGAGCUGGGCCUGAGAAGUAUCCAGGGGCUCAGGCGGCUAGAGCAGAGCUGUGGCAUGCCCACGUCCUUCCCUCUGCUGGGUCGCAGCACGGCCGUGUAAGCCUGAAUAAUCCCCCUGGAGGUGGGGGUGAGGCUGAAGCUAAGGACGCUGGAUUGAGGUGGAGAGGCGUUGGGUUGGGUUUGAGGAGGGGCGUCUGGUUUGUAGAGUUGGACUGAUGGAGGGGGUAGAGGAGGAAAAACACCUUUCAGACUCCCAGCAGCCAGAGGUGUCGUUCUCUGCUUGCUUCUCUGCAGUGAGAUGAGGACAACCUUUCAAAAGAUGACCUAUCUGCCUUCCCCUCAUCAUCCCUCUUUUAUCUGGCUUCGUCUCCCUCCAUAUCUGUCUCGCUCUAUUCUCUCUCUCUUGUUGUGUUGAUGUCUCUAUUCUCCAUGGCGUCGCAGCCUGAUGCAGAGUACCUAUUACACCGAGUGUACAAAACAUUCAGAACAUCUUCCUAAUAUUGAGUUGCAACCCCUUUUGCCCUCAUAACAUCCUCAAUUCAUCGGGGCAUGGACUCUACAAGGUAUCGAAAGCAUCCACAGGGAUGCUGGCCCAUGUUGACUCCAAUGCUUCCCACCAUUGUGUCAAGUUGGCUGGAUGUCCUUUGGGUGGUGGACCAUUCUUGAUACACACGGUAAAAAAAUCCAGCAGUAUUGCAGUUCUUGACAUACUUAAACCUAUGCGCCUGGUAGUUACUGUACUACCAUACCCCGUUUAAAGGCACUUAACUUCACCCUCUGAAUGGCACACAUACACAAUCCAUGUCUCAAUUGUCUCAAGCCUUAAAAAUCACAGUGGUGGAAAAAAGUACCCAAAUGUUAUACUUGAGUAAAGGUAAAGAUACUUUAAUAGAAAAUGACUCAAGUAAAAGUGAAAGUCACCCAGUAAAAUACUACUUGAGUAAAAGUCUAAAACUAUUUGGUUUUAAAUAUACUUAAGUAUCAAAAGUAAAUGUAAUUGCAAACAUAUACUUAAGUAUCAAAAGUAAAAGUAUAAUAGUUUCAAAUGUCUUAUAUUAAGCAAACCAGACGGCAUAAUUUUCUUGUUUUUUAAAUUUACAGAUAGCUAGGGGCAUGCUCCAACACUCAGACAUAAUUUACAAACAAAGCAUGUGUUUAGUGAGGCCGCCAGAUCAGAGGCAGUAGGGAUGACCAGGGAUGUUCUCUUGAUAAGUGUGUGAAUUGGACCAUUUUCCUGUCCUUCUGAGCAUUCAAAAUGUAACGAGUACUUUUGGGUAUCAGGGAAAAUGUAUGGAGUAAAAAGUACAUAAUUUUCUUUAGUAAAAGUUAUAUAAAUAUAAAUAGUAAAGUACAGAUACCCCAAAAAACUACUUAAGUAAAAAUACUACUCAAGUACUUUACACCACAGAAAAAUCAUUGUUUAACCUGUCUCCUCCCCUUUAUCUACACAGAUUGAAGUGGAUUUAAUAAGUGACAUCAAUAAGUGAUCAUAGCUUUCACCUAGAUUAAUCUGGUCAGUCUGUCAUGGAAAGGUGCUCCUAAUGUUUUGUGCACUCAGUAUAUGAGUCUGCUGUUGCCAUGGCUCCCUGGAACUGUCUGUUGCCCAUGAUGCCUUGGCCCCCUAGCGACUCCAGGUAGAAAGACCUCUAGUAGCUCUGUGUUGCUCCUGUUGUAUAACAUUAACAGUGAAGGACCAAGAGAGUUGCUGAAUUCAGUAGCAAUCGCCCUGCUCUGAGAAUUUCGAUGUGCAAUGGAAACAUUGUUUUGAAUUGAAAAAGCUCUUCUCCAUCAUUACUGUCAUAUCUUCAAGAUGUUCUGGGACUAUGUGGACUAUGAAUAUCAAUUUAAUAAACCACAGCUGGGGAUUGUUGCUCCUCGGUGAACAAGUGACUGUGUGCGCGUGUGUGUGUAUGUGUGCGUGCAAGCAAGUGUAUGGUUGUGCGUGUGUGGUCUAGCUCCUAAAUCAUUAGUCCAAUCAAGUACAAAGGGAGACAGCAGCCUUUUUCCAGCAGGAAUAAGUUCCCUCUAUCUGAAGAAUUGAAACCCUUGUAUAAAUAAUUCAUAAUGCUAAUCAUAAGAUUUCCUUUCUCUCCCUCUCUGGGUUGUAAAUUACUUCCUAAUGGUUGCUAUCUGUCCAUCAGUGAAGCAUUUCAUCGAGAUUGUAAAUCCAUCUCUCUCUUUCUCUCCCUCUUUCUCUUCAUCAUGUGACUGUGAAACACUCCUUCACAUUGCCAUGCGGGUGCUACAGUACAUACAGCAGACACCAUUACAGAAAAUUGAAACCGUCAUGGUAGCGAAGCAAACCCAUCACCAUGCAGCAAUUGCAGACACAGGAUUUUCGUUCCUUUUUUCCUCAAAUAUUAUUUAACUAUUCAUGGCUUUCUCUCUCUCGCUCUCUCAUAAUAUCUGACCCCUUCUCUCAGCACCACUGGUGUUUUGAAUGACAUUCAGACAGCUCCUCUUAGUAGAGCUUUGGAAAACACUUCUCGCUAGUCAUUUCCAUCUGAUUCUGACGAGGAACUCUAGCCUAGUGCUGAAGCAUAAGUGUUAAAUCUAAUAAUUCCCAUUAAGGAAUGUAUAAUUAGCAUACACCCUCGGAGGGUGGGGGGU